UCGGGUUCCCGGAGCUCCGCCUCCACUCGGUAAGCGUCGAUCCGCUCCUUCUGCUGCUGCCGCUCCUGGCCCCGGAGCCCGCCGCGGCCUGACAGCGUGGGGCUUGCCCCCGGGGACACGCAACAGGACAAGGUGUUUCCCAUCGUCUCUGAAAAUGAGUGAAACCUUUAGCCCCCGUCCCCAGGACUCCUGCGGCCUAAGAGCGGGCUUUCCUUCAGAGAGGGAAAGGAAGGGGAGGGGAAAGGAGGGGGAGCGCUGACGCUCGACGUCGCCGUCUCUCAGGUGAGGAAGGGGAUCUUCGUUCUCCUCCUCUGGUGAAUGGAAACCUCUCCCAACGGCACCUGGAUGCCUUCGAAUCCCAGCCUCAGCCCUGCGGCCUUGGCUUCAUUUGGCCGCGCGGAAUUUCUCCGCCAUUUUGCGCCGCGCCUGGACCCCGGUCUCCGGCAUGGCAACGGGGCCCGCCCAGCGGAAGCCCCGCCCUGUCCCUGAUUGGAUACCGUUAAGCCAAUCGAUCACUACUGCCGUCUGCAUUGGUGGAGGCCGACAUCAAUCACCCUUGCGCAACCCCCAUUGGUCAAGAGCAAUGUCAAUCACCCGCCCUCAUUGUUGCGAAUUAAAGGCGCUUCCCCUCCCCUUUAAGUCCUCCCACUUUUUUUCCUUGGCAAAAUUUCAAAGUGUCAUAGACAGCUGUUCGUGACACACGCACACACUCUUAUACAGAAAAGCCUGGCAGCUUUGCCCUGGUUGAAUCGGAUAGGGACGUUUUGCUGUUGUGAAAUGUCCCUUGAUUUGGACAUGUUAAUGUUUUCUGAUCUCCACGUGAACUUUGCACCUUCUUUAUCCUGAGACACUGCUAUAAAACCUAUUUGAUGUUCACACUAUAUACUCACUCUACAGAUAGAGAAAAUUAGAAAAACAGUUUCCAACUGCUCCCAUGUGAUGGCUUCUGUUUGUUUUUCAAUAUAAAUUUAAACUUAAAACAGUAUGUUCAAAAGUAAUGUCCAAACCUACAUAUUUCCACUUUUUGUAACUUUCUCAGUCCAUUUUCUCAACUUUUUAAAUGAAAAUCCCACAUCCUCUUCCAACCCCACUGACGCCUCCCUCCUGAACAAUUCCACAAGCACUAGUAUCCUACAGCCAAGUGGCUGUGUUCAUUUGUAUUUUAACAAUGAAGCUGGUCAAUAUCAGGGUCUUCAGGGUUGAAUUUAGUUCACUCCUUUCUUAAUGUGCAUCAUGCUGGAUAGCAAUGAAGGUUGUGAUCCAAUGAUGUCACCUGUAAAAGCCCCAUUCUUAUGAAUAAUAACUAAUCACUAUUUACUAUUACUGCCAUCUCUCUUGGUUAAGUGGUCCCAGCCUCCAUGGUUUAGUGACUUCAAGGCUGCUUCCUUGAAUAGGAUAUCUAUUGCCUAGCAAGAAAAGAAGCAUUACUUGAUUUAACUCUGGAAAUUAAGUUCAGCAAAGAGAACUAACAUGAGAGUAGGAGAACGGUUGGGAAAUAGCAGUUGUGACUGUUAUAAUGCAAAGGAUAAUGUGCAGUUAAAGAUAAGGAUGUUGGUUUUGUAAAGGCAAAGUUUUGUGAGAUAAGACACAACAAACUUAACUUGGCAGAAAGCUUAAGAAACAGUGAAGUCACAGAAUCCUUACAGCAUUGAAGCAGGCUAUUCAGCCCAUCGAGUCGACACCAACCCUCCAUAGAGCAUCCCAUCCAGACUCACCCCUUAGCUGAUCCUUGCAUUUCCCACCCUAGACACUGUGGGCAAUUUAGCAUCGCCAAUCCACCUAACCUGCACAUCUUUGGACUGUGGGAGAAAACCCAAGUACUUGGAGGAAACCAACAUAGACAAAGGGAAAAUGUGCAAAAUCCACACAGACAAUUGCUCAAGGCUGGGGUUGAACUUGGGUCCCUGGUGCAGUGAAGCAGCAGUGCCAACCACUGAGCCACCCUGCUGCCCUUAAACCAUGCAGGGAUUUUCAGCUUGGAGAUGGAUAAGAUUCUGCCAGACCUGCUGAAUAUUUCUAGCCAUUUUAGUUUUUGUUUUUGUAUUUGUGACAACCUCAUGCUACAGGCAUCCCAAAACAGCCCCAGAAUCACCUGGAGCACUGCACUAUCCAAUGUGUUGUCUUCUGAAGGAGGCAUUAAGCCAAAACUUGCCCCCACACCAAGUUUUACAGUGUGCAUGAUAUUCAGGACUGGAACAUAAUGGCUUUGCUGCCGUACGAUGGUGCCAUGAUUCCUGGACUCCGGAAGUUCCACGAACCAUCAGCAACCUUUCACUAUGCCAAGCGAGACAUAGUGAUCAGACAGAAUUGGAAUCAGCUCGGUGUAGCAGCUGUAGUGUGGGAUGCAGCCAUUGUACUUUGCACAUACCUUGAACUGGGAACAAUCCAGCUACAAGACCGCACUGUGAUAGAGCUGGGAGCGGGUACUGGAUUAGUUGGAAUAGUUGCAGCAUUGCUAGGUGCCGAUGUAACAGUCACUGACAGGGAGGUGGCGUUACAGUUCCUCGAGUCUAAUCUCCAAGAAAACAUUCCCCCUGACUUGCAGAACAAGGUACGAGCCAGGGAGCUGAACUGGGGGGUGAACCUAGACCAGUUCGACCCGGGCAGCUACGACGUGGUCCUUGGGGCAGACGUGGUUUACCUGGAGGAGGCAUUCCCGGCCCUGCUGGAGACGUUGGAAUAUCUCAGCUCUGAGGAGACUACAGUCCUGCUGUCGUGCCGCAUCCGUUACGAGCGAGACCAGAACUUCUUGCAGAUGCUUGGGAGUCGCUUUGUGGUGGAGAAAGUCCACUACGACACUGAGAAAGAUGUUCAUGUUUACAAGGCACAGAAGAGAAUGGCAAAGGAAGAUCUUUAACACCAGAAUCUAGCCACUGUUGAAAGUCCACAUCGGAAGAGGAGGCCAUUCUUAGUUUUAAAAUUUUCGAUCGAGACCCCCUCCCUCCACUCCCCACCCCUCCACCCAACCUCAACAUGGUUUAAGAGCAACAGAGUUCUGUACUUCCAAUGGCUGUUUGUGUGAGGAAAUACUUUUUGGCAUUACCCUUGAAUGGUUUUAGGCUUGUGGCCCCUUGUUCUGGUCUUGCUCACCAGUGGUUUUUCCCUCUAUCGACGCUAUAACUUCCUUUUUUAAUCAUCCAAAUUAGAUCAUCUUUCCUACUCAGGGGCAUGCAAAUUUCAUCUGUGCAACUUGCCCACACCUAAUUGAGCCCACUGGGUUUAGUUGUGCCAUAUUCCUUCAAAGGUCAGUCUGUUCUUCCCGAGGAAUGGUUCCUGGAAGCAGAAGAGGCAGCCUGCCUGACCAGCAUUCUUCUCAGCUGUAAAGUCAUUUCCGCCCUUUAAUAAUCCAGUAUCUUGAGACAAUGGCCUACAUUCCAUUCAAUAUUUGCAUUUUUUAUGUGUCCGUAGCCUUUACUGAUUUCUCUCAACUUGGAUCCACCAAAUCUCACUGAUUCUCAAAUCUUCCCCAGCUUUUCGCUUUUUAGAAAAAAAGAUUCAGGUCUAUCUUUCUUCAGUUGAAAGUUGGUGACACCACGCUUCUGAGAUCUCGUCUCAACGUUGGUGUUCAAGGAGGUCCUUGUGAGCAAGUCUAAUAAAGACAUAGUUAUGUUUAAGGUGA